UAUAUUAAUGUGCAUACUUGUCGAUGCUCCAUAUUCCUCAACGCUUUUCCCUCUAUCAAUAAGGCACCGCAUUGAGCAUCCUUGUUUGAAAUUUCUGAACGUCAAUCAUCAUGGGUAGCCUACCGAAUUUGCACGAGUUGGAGGAAAUAGAGCGCAGACGUGAGAAACGCCGUGAACGCGAGCAGCGUGAGCAACUGCGAGAGCAGCGGGCACGUGAUUCGAGUCGUGAACGUGAGCGGAUGGCCCUAUUCGCACAGCGCAAGCAAUCUUCCUACAACGCUUACCUAAUGGCUGGCUUGGGCAUGGGUGGAGGAACACUUGGUAUGGCUGCUGCUGUUGGAGCCUCACAUUUGACAAGUGCUGCAGCAGCAACUGGUGGCAUCGGUGCGGGCGCAAAUACAACUCCUACUACAGCUACGAACACUUUAAGUGGAUUUGCAGUGGGUGGUGCAGCGCUGCUUGGCUUAGGAACGCCUGCGCUGCUAACCAAGUAUCACCACCAACACCAACACCAACAUCAUCGACACUCAUUGACUACGCGACAUCGAGUGUUACGCACCCGAAGCUCGGGAGCGACACACAAUGUUUGGGAUGAACAAUUGAUGGAGCACCUCGCGGCCUACUCGCCGAUUUCGACGCGCUCUCACCGAAUCAAUCCGGUGUCAUCAUAUCAGGUGCAAGCUGCAUUGGCUGCCUCCCGUCGACGUGAAUCCAUCAACAGUUCGAUUGGUGCUGCAUCAAUAAGACGCCUCAUUACGUUAAAUAACCGUAACUGCCGACAUAAGAUUCCACCACACGUACGGCACAAAGUGUGCCAGAGUUUCAUCAGCCUAACGCUGGCGCAUGGACUAAUAUGUGCAGUCUUGCUGCCGCUCUUUGCGCUACAAGGUUCAAAUUCUGUGUGGCAUCAACGCGAGCAGUGGCUGCAUGUGGGACCAAAUAUCGGCUCGCUGCUGCUAAGCGGUUGCUUUUUUAUUUCCGCCGUUAUGUGCCUCUUUACCAAACGCCUUAUACAGAAAUUCGGUUAUACAUCAGUAAUUAGCACCAGCUAUGUUGCGACGGGAAUAUUUCUCUUAUGCCACCUGUUUCCCUCCAUCUUUACGCUGCUGCCAGCAUACAUGCUGCUUGGCGUCACUUAUAGUCCUUCGUGGGUAAGCAAAAUUGCACUAGUUGUGCACUAUGGCAGCAAGCUGAGUUGUUCGCAGCACGAAUGCAUGCACAGUUCAUCGCAUGUUUCGGACGUAAUGGAUGAGCACAAACUAUUCUGCAACCGCGAUCAGAAGGUUCGCCGUUUAGCGCGUUGGUUCCAGGUGGCUCAGGAUGCGGGAAUUAUAUUGGGCGCUUUACUGGCGUCAUUCACUCUCGCUUGUAGUUCCAGCGAUUGGAAUUGUUUCGAUAGUGGUGAGACGGUGACAUUAGAAACACAAGCCACUUCAUUACCCGGACAGAACCUAACUGAGCCACUUCCAAAGGCCAUGGCAUUGCGAUCGCAUUCUUACACAAUGACUGGUUUUUUGCCUAAUAUACCGGGUUACUUCGACGACUUUUAUUAUCAUAACGAACACGGCGAGAGGAUUUGUGGUGCCGACAUGUGUCCCGUUUGGUAUCAUGACAAUAGCUUCGACGACACUGGCAACGGAACCAAUGAAACCAUCUAUACGCAGUUCAUCAAUGAAAGAUCAACUGGUGGCGGGAUUACACUCAUAAGUGUGUACUUCCUGUUCAUAAUAGUUGCGGUAGGAUUAUCUUUCUUUGGUGGAAAAAUACAGGCCACUUUUCGGCGUGAUGUGCACUUAAAAGGCGUGACAGAUACGUUACUCUUCGCUGGACCGAUGGCGUAUUUUGUGGGCACCGAGCAGGCUUAUAUGCUGGGCGACUUUUUGCGGGCUUUCGUAUCAUGUUCACUGGGCAUUAGCAUGGUUGCAGGCGCAUUGGUCGGCAUGGGCAUCAUGCAAUGCAUAGUAUCCUGCACGCUAAGUAUGCUGCUGCGGCACACCAAGCGUAUUGUGGUCAUUUUGGCCGGCUUCUUCUUUCAAUCAUGCCUGCUGCUUGCAUUAUCCAGCUGGAAGCCCUCUAGCGAUGAUAUGGCGCUCUUUUACGUACUGGCCGCCUCGUGGGGUGCCUGUAACGAUCGUAUCCUUUUGCGGCGUUUUCUAAAAUCCAUGUUCUACGAUGUCGAGGAAACCAAAAAAAUUAUUGAAUUGAACUACUCAAUGCGAAACAAAUAUCCUCACUUAUUUAUCGAUCGAGACCCCGAUGAUGAUGGAAUUAAGGCGAUACGGGAUGUAACAGAGUUGAUACCUCUGCCAGGCCUAACACCAGAGGGCCAUAAAUUGCUAUUCUUUCGUCUAGGCGACAAAGAUCCUAAAAAGAUGAAUAGUAUUGAAGAGUGUAAGACAUUUUUUAUGCUUGCUGACUGCCGUUUCACCGACCUCGAUCUUGAAGAACCAACACUACGAAAGGUAAAGGAAUCACAAGAAACUGCCGAUGCAGAGACUGGCACCAAAACUGAAAAUGAAAUUGAAGAUGAGUCGCUGGAUGAUAAUAUUAUAGCAAAUGGCGAAGUGCAGAUUUGUGACAUAGACGGAUAUACUCUAUCCCACAUGGCACGCAUUUCUUUUACAAUAUUACGCAUGUAUAUGAAUUUCUUACAAGAGGCAUAUCCGGUGCGUUUGCGCGCCAUGCACAUCAUCAAUUGUCCACCAUUUCUAAACAAAAUGAUCGCUAUUGUCAGGCCCUUCGUGCGUGAUGAGGUUUAUAAAAUGAUUCAUUUCCACACCGAGGGCAUAGAGAGUUUAUUUGAACAUGUCCCGCGCGAUUUAUUGCCCAACGAAUAUGGCGGCAAAGCGGGUACAGUAUUUGAAUUGAAACAGAAAUGGACAGAGGAAUUGUCAAUUAAGAGGAGUUAUUUAAUGGAUCCGAAGCACUGGAAAACGGAACAAAGUCAAAACUCGCGCCGUUGGUAUUGGUUUUAGCGACACACAUGUAUAGUACUUGUGUACAUGCAUGCAUAUGACCAGCAUAUGUUAGUAAAUAUUUAUAUUUUACAGUUUUACAUGAUGUGUUAAAAGAGCAACUUAUGACGUAUGUAAUUAUGUGAUAGUAUGUGACUAAAAUGAGUUCUUGGGUUUUUAUAUAUAAAAUAGAUUAAAGGGUUGAGAUGUUACUAUAGUGCUGGGUAACGCACCAAGGUGUUGCGCUAUUCUGUUGAUACACUAAUUGGCAACACUUUAGCUCAAUCGCGCCAGUAACUCUAAUAACACAAGUAACUUCAGUAGCUGAAAUAUAGUAUGUUCCUUUGAACUUCGGAGUAAAACCUGGGGAACUGUCAAACUACAAUUUUACUCUCUUGUGUGAGAGUAAAACGAUAACAGGUGCAGAAGUGUACGGGAACGCAAAAAGCACUACUUCCUUCAAAAACGUCAGUCGGUUUGUUUACAUGCCAUUGGUACAACACUGAUUUG